AUGGCCAUCUUCCCAUUGACCAGAUACACAACCCACAUGGGCGCAUCGGGUCUGACGCUCAAUUUCCUCGUCGCAGGCAUUGCGACAUGUGCAUUUUGGCUUUUCGGCUACGACAUGAGUGUUAUGGGCGGUCUCAUUACGGAGGAGUCCUUCACAUCUGUUUUUCCCGCGAUGAACAACGCCAACGUCCAGGGCAUCGUUAUCGCCUCUUUUGAACUUGGUGCGCUUGUCGGUGCCCUCGCCUGCUUGGACCUUGGCGAUCGCCUCGGUCGUCGUCUGACCGUUUGGUUCGGCAUGCUCUUUAUGUUGAUCGGCGGCACGCUACAGACCAGUGCCUGGGCUAUAUCUCAGUUGGUACUGGGUCGCGUUCUCAGUGGCAUCGGGCUCGGUUUACAGGUAGCCACGGUGCCGUCAUGGCAGUCUGAGUGUGCGAAAGCGCAUAGUCGCGGGCGUUGGGUCAUGAUUGAGGGUGGUUUACAGACAUUCGGCGUUGCUUGUGGCCAGCUCGUUGGUUAUGGCUUCUUCUUUGUAAAGGGUCAAGCGCAAUGGCGUGCACCCGUCGGCAUCCAGCUCUUCCCGGCCUUGAUCGUCUUUAUAUUCAUUAAUUUUCUUCCCGAGUCCCCUCGCUGGUUGAUCAAACACGGUCGGGUUGAAGAGGGCACAUACAACCUGUCAAAGCUUCGAAACCUGGCCGUCGAUCACCCGGAGCUGGUCUUUGAACGCGACGCAAUCAUCACCUCUUUCGAAGCGCAGAGUGAACUCGCUCCGUUCUCCUUCAGAGAAAUGCUGGACAACGGAAAGACCAAGACGUUCCAUCGCGUCGCCAUUGGAUUCUUCAUGCAAGCUGCGCAACAAUUAUCCGGAAUCAACUUGGUAUCGACGUACGCCAACAAGAUUCUGCAGGAGUCGUUCGGCCUGGGUGCCAGCACAUCACACCUCAUCGCUGCCAUGGGAGGUCUGGAGUAUGCUCUAUGCUCCCUUCUAUCCGUGUUCCUCGUGGAAGGCCUUGGACGCCGUCGAGCCUUUCUKUGGACUACGAUCGGCAUGUCCUGCUGCUUUGCCGUGAUCGCUGGACUCCAAAGCAUGGAUUCGCGCACCUGCCAACUGGUCGCUGCUGGAUUUCUGUUUCUCUUCAAUACCUUUUUCGGCCUUGCCUGGGUUGGAGGACCGUUUUUGUACAGCGCCGAGAUUGCACCGCUGCGAUGCCGCGCGCAGGCUAACGCCUUUGCCAGCGCUGGCAACUGGUUGUUUUGCUUCGUGGUGGUCAUGAUUAUCCCACCUGCUUUCCAGAAUAUCGGCUGGAAAACGGCAAGUCUUCUUCUUUGUGCCACUGUGGGCCCGUUGGUCAUCUAA